CGUCAUGAUGGAGAAUCAGCCGCCCCUCACAUUACCGGCAGGUUCACAUGGCGUCUUAAAUUUCUUGGAGGAACAUCCUAUUUUAUCUCCAGAUUCCAGCACCGGAGAUAAUGACUUGGCCCGAUAUUCUUCAAAAGUGAAGCCCGUUACUCCAUACAUACAGAGCAGAUGUUAUCGUGUGGAUAAGUCAAUGGUUCUUUUAAAUCCUAAGGGGUCCUCUGAUAGAUCCCAUGUUGGUUCCCUAAAUAUCAGUCCAAAAGGUCACACUUCGAAUCUUUCAAAAGGCAUUUCUAGUUCUAAGGAGCCGUCAAAUAUCAAGUCAAGUACUGUCAAACAUAAAGGCGAUAAGAUGUUUCCCUGUCCUGAGUGUGAUAAAUGUUUUAACAGAAAGGCGCAUCUUGUUGCACAUCAAUACCUGCACACUGGCGUGUACCCCCAUUUAUGUUCAGAAUGCCAGAUGUCUUUCAGGGACAAAGAUGGUCUUGUCCAACAUCAAAGAAUUCACACCGGCGAGAGGCCUUAUUCAUGCUCAGAGUGUGGUCAGUGUUUUAAACGGCGUAGUUAUGUCACGAUACAUCUCAGAAGUCACACAGGCGAGUCUCCUUUUUCAUGUUCGGAGUGUGGAAAGUGCUAUAGAGAGAAAGGAGCACUCCUCAGACACCAGCGCACCCACACUGGUGUGAUGCCGUAUACUUGUGCAGAGUGCGGGAAAGGUUUUACACGGAGAGGUACACUCCUCAAACAUGAGAGGACACACACAGACGAGCGUCCUUUUCCUUGUCCAGAGUGCGGCAAAUGGUUCAAGCAGAAAUUUUGCCUUGCCCAACAUCUUAAACUCCACAAAGACCAGAGUUAAUUUUCUGCCUUUUUACACUUGCUAGCUGUUAUCUGUACAGACGUCUGAGACAUACUUCCCCUGAUGAAGCCCUAAUGGGCGAAACAUGUUGGGACCACGUAUGAUCUUCUCAGCUGAAUAUUGCUGCAACCACCACUCUGGGAUUACCCUAUUGUGAAUCUUCAGUGAUACUGCUCAUAUUUUUAUCAAUUUUGUAUAAAUUGUUAAUAAAAUUUACUGUGUAUAUUUUUA